AUGUCGGUUACGAAAUCCCAUCAUAACCUAGAUGUGGUGCAUCAUGGAAUAGUGCUAAUCAGCGACGAGACCUCCACCUCACGAUCGUCAAGACUACUUUUGUCAAAAGAUGAAUUAUGUAUUCAAGUCAUCGACGAUGGUACCGCCGAGCCAGAGGAGGCCAAAGAUAUUCUCAUGGAAAACGCUACGCGGCAAGUGGUCAUAGUCAAGAAACCCGACUCGGGAUUUGGAUUGUCCAUAAAAGGAGGAUCUGAGAACGCGCAAAAUAUGCCAAUCGUCAUUUCGAAAAUCUUCAAGGGAUUGCCGGCCGACGAGUGUGGAGAGUUGUUUAUAGGAGAUGCCAUCGUAGAAGUUAAUGGAGUAUCCAUCGAAGGCCAGAGUCAUGAUGAAGUGGUAAACAUGUUAAAAUCGAGUGGCGACCAAGUGACACUGGGUGUACGCCAUUUCACCCACAUGACGCCGUUUCUAAAACCAGCGCAGUCACUUCAACCAGAUGGAACACUUGAUCAGCUGUUUGAUGGUAGAAGCACUAGAAGCAACAAAGCCCAGUCCGAAUCCAGAUUCUCAGAUUCCAAAUGGCAGCAACAUAUAGAUGGAAGAGAGAAAAAGUGGAAAACAUUGACAUCCCUACCUUUAGCAAUGGCCUAUGUCACCAGAUACCUUUGGGGAACUGACAAUAUCAGAAGCAACUCGUUCGAAGUACGAGCUGUGGAUGGAAGGUCUUCCGGAAUAGUUCACUGUGAGGAUACAUUGGCACUUGAGCAGUGGAUUGCACACAUCAGUAAACACAUCUUGUCAUUGAACCAUAAGAGCAUCAAAAUGAGCAACAAGUAUUUACAUCAAAGUGAACAGAUCAGCUAUAUCGGUUGGGUCAAUGAAUACCUAAACGAUGACGAUCAAGAAGAGCUAAAAAUCCGUUGGCAACCAAGAUUUUUAAUUCUGAAGGGAAGUGACGUCUGCUUCUUUGAUGUUCCACCACUCAACUCUGAAGACCUUAACAAAUGCGUAUAUCUGUACAAAUGCUAUGAUGUGGCUGUCAAACAAGUCCCUAACAACAGCCCAAGAAGAGACAAAAGAGACAACUGCUUCUUGAUAGAGACACCAAUACAAGUUCCAAAUCACUAUUUGUCGUUUGAAUCGGCGUCUGGUUUUGAGCUUUUUGAACAAGCCUAUUAUCGCACUGUCUAUAAUACAAUUUCUCAAAUGCAGUCUAGAACAUUUGCCUGCAAUUUUGAAGGACGGCCAAGCGGAAUUGUGUUUGAUAUUAAGCAAGGGAUCAGUUUGUACGAUAUUCCAACCAAGAGCUACAUCUGGCAAUACAGAUUCCGAGACCUCCAAGCUGUCGCUGACGAUGGAAAACUUUGUGUGCAAUUGUCGUUUUCCGAUGAUCGUUCAUUGAAUGCUGACAGAAUCGAAGAUAUUGAAUGUGAGGAUGUCGUCACUGUGGUCUUCAACUUGCACUCAUUCGUUCUGGCUAAAAUUGUCUCUACUGAUCCGGAUUAUUUGAAAGCAAACCGAUAUGUGGGAAGUGCUGAGGACUAA